GCUGACCGUGCUGCCGCUUUCGUCCUGUGUACUUGUGUGUAAAUCCGCUUUAACUGGAUUAUUUACAUCUCACAUGCACUAAUUACAGGGUGUUGGUGGAGCCCAUGACUCAGCAGGAGAAGCAGGAUUUCAGGGAGAGUUGUGAGGAGGCCCUGACAUGGAUGCGGGCGGUCCAGGAGAGACUUCGACUCAGCGAUAACACCGAUGGACCUCGGGCGGCCCUGGAGACCCGACUCAGAGAGACGGAGAAAAUCCACGAGUCCGCUCAGGAGGGCAGGAUGAAAAUUGACGUGGUGCUGGCGGUCGCCGACGCCCUGCUGAAGAACGGAGACGAGGAGCUGAAGAACCAGACCCACUCCAAGCUGAAAGAACUGAAGGCCAUGUGGGAGGAGACGUCCACCUACAUCGUCCACUGCCACAGCCGUAUCGAGUGGGUGUGGCUGCACUGGAGCGAGUACCUGAAGGCCCACGAGGAGUUUGGAAUCUGGUUGGUGAGGGUCCAGCGGUCGGUGGAGCCUCAGCUGGAGCUGCAGUUGGACCUGAGGGAGAAGCUGUGGCAGGUGGAGCAUCGCCGGGUGAUCUGCAGCGACGUCAGGGCUCAGGAGCCUCUGCUGGAGAGGCUGCUGGACGAGGCGUCCACGCUCUUCAACCGCACGCAGGACCCCAGCGUGGACGAGCGCGCCCAGAACGCGCUGAGCGAGGCCUACAGCGGCGUCCGCUCCAGGGCCGAGGAGAUGUUAGCUCUGGUGCAGAAGGUUGCAGAGGAGCACCAGCAGUACCAAAGCCACGUUCAAGACUUCCACAAGUGGUUGGUGUCCAAAACAGAAGAAGUGAGCCGCUUCAACGAGCUGGAGGAGAUUUCUGAGACUCGACUGCAAGCCCUGGAGGAACUGGAUGCCAGCGUGGCCCGUGAAGAAGAGACGUUACGCUUCAUUGAGGGCGUGUCCCAGGCUGUAAAGACCAACACGUCCCCGGCGGGAGCUGAGCAGAUCAGGCUGGAGGUCGAGGAGCUGAGGACGGCCUGGCAGAGACUGAGACUGACCCUGGCGGAGAGCCACGACGACCUGAAGAGCUCCCUGGACGCUCGGUGCCAGUACGAUGCCCGGCGAGAGGAACUGGCGGGGGGCAUCGGGCGUCUCCGUGCGCUGGUGCAGGAGCUGAGCCAGAAGCUGGAGAGUAAGGAUGGAGACAGGAACGAGGAGAACGUGGUGGCUCAGUGGAAGAUCUACACGGGCGUCCGGACGGCUCUCAUGGACGAGGAGCCCGAGGUGGAGCGUCUGAAAUCCCAGCUGAAGGAGUUAUACAGGUUCCCCUACGACUCCGGAGAGCUGGCUGAUGAAGUGCUGACGGCCGUGAAGGAAUUUCAGAGCGUGAAAGGCCGUUCGUUCCGGCUCUGUUCGGAGAGCGAGACGGCGCUGAAGCAGCUCCUGCAGGAUCCUCUGCACGGGUUCAGUCAGUGGAGUCGGAUGGUGUCUCAGGUUCUCGAUAACUCGUCUGAAGUGACCGAGUUCUCCCACAUCGCUGUGCUGGUACAGAACAUAGAGAAGCUGUUGAAACACAGUGUGCAGCUGCAGGAGAGGCUCGGCGCCCUGCAGGUGAAAGCCGACCUGAUGGGGGCGCUGUUCGGAGAGGAGAAAGCCGAGAGUCUGCUGGAGGAACUGGGUACGGACGUGAGGAGGAGAGAGCAGCUGCACGGCCAGCUUCUCCAGAGGAAGAAUCACCUGCAGGGAUUAAUAUCGAGGACGAAAGAUUUCGGUGAUGCGUACGACUUCAUUCAGAACAAGCUGCUGUCCAUACAGGAGAGAUUUCUGGCUGCUACAGGACUCCAGCCCGAUAUCCUCGCCAAGAAGAGCCAGGCUGAUCAACUGAAGGUCAUUAAAAAAGAUUUGGAGGACUGUGAAGCUCACAUCACAGCUCUGGAGACUCUGGUCUCGUCCAGUUCCACCAACAGGACCAAGUUUGAGCGUCUCUACGUCGAGUGGAAGCUUCUGUAUAAAGCCGUUCGAGCGAAGGUGAACGAGGGCGAGGAGAGCGUCCUGGAGCACGAGAACUUCCACGACAGCAUGCUGAACGUGGAGAAGUGGCUGAUGAUCAUGAGGCAGAAGCUGGAGUCCUUCCGAGGUCCCGAUGGAGACUGGAGCGUGGAGAACCGGCAGCACGAGGCGGAGAGGGCGCUGGGUGAGUUCCCCGAGAAGGAGCUGCAGCUGCACAGGACUGAAGUGCAGGGCAACCGAGUGCUGCUCAAAACCUCCGACGAGGGCAAAGUUCACAUCCAGCGGGACCUGAAGCGCCUCCGCGAGAGCUGGAUGGCCCUGCUCGCGCUCAGUCACAACCUGUACAGGUUGUUGAACGGACACGCGGCCUCGGGUGAAACCGAUUCCUCCUUCAUUUCCCAACGAGGUUUAGAUGAUCUCAGCCUGGACCAGCCGGAAGGGGUCGGUUUCAUCGCAGGAAGUGGCUCCAAGAUCAAGAUCAGACCUGAUUAUGACCUCGGGCUUGCUGAAGGUUCUGGGAUUCAGCUGGUAGAAGGUCCAGGAAGGGGGUCUGGAUUUAAAGUCGUUGGGAGAUCCGUCACUAAGCAUGACGAUUCGUCUCAGACCGAGGAUGCAGAUUUUAAUUUCAGUGUGGGAGGCGGGGCUGGACUACGCCUGGACCGGACGCCAUCAAAGAACAUCCAGACUAUCAAGGGAGGAUCUACAGCUGAUGAUGUGGACUCUGCGGGUGAAGGAAGAGGGAUCCAGUAUUAUAGGGAGGGGAAAGGUGGAGGAGAUGUUUAUGGAGUUGGGAUGGACAUAAGAAGUGGAUUUGGGAGUAGAAGCAGAACGACGGAAUGGAUUGAAUAUCGAUCUUCUGGGGUAGAAGAUCUUGAUUUGGAAGGAACUCAUGGUUUAGUAGACGUGGAUAAAGGUCGUAUCGCAUAUGCUGGUGAUCAGCUGAGAUUUAUGAAUUCUGAUGAAGACAUGAGGAUGAAAUUUAAACCUCCUGCUGGAACAUCAGCUCUCGGCUCCAAAGAUCUCAUCCAGGCGGGUUUGGCCGUGAGAGGACGCAGCUCUAAUUGGGAUUCUCUCUGGAGAGAGUUUGAGGUCUGGUUUCUCUCACAAAACAACAAACUGACGGAAAUCACAACCGACCAAAGAGCGCUGAGCACCAAAGAUCUGAAGAUCAGACAGAAGACACUCCAGGAGCUACGUGCCGGCGUACCCUGGGGUCAGGAGCGGUUCCAGCACCUGCUGACCUCAGGUCCUGAAACAGGACUGGAGAACGUGGAACUGGAGGAACUGCGCUACAAGUGGAUGCUCUACAAAUCCAAACUGAAGGAGGCUGAAGUUCUUCAAGCUCCGAUCAAACCAAAGAAUGAACGCUCGCUGCAGCAGGAGGAGCUGGUUCGGGAUAAGAAGGAAGGCUGCUGCGGGUUCCUGUACCGCGUGUGUCGCGUGGCUCUUCCUCUGCAGCUCCUCCUCCUCGCCCUGCUGCUCUUCGCCUUCCUGCUGCCCAUGAUGGACGAGGGUGCCAGCUGCUCCCUGUCCAACAACUUCGCCCGCUCCUUCAACAUCAUGCUGCGCUACCACGGCCCGCCGCCCACCUGAACACACGCACACACACACACACACACACACAACUACACACAUCUACACACUCAAGAGCUGCUGCAUAGAUCUGCUCAUCAUAUCUCCAGACCCUUCAUCAGCCCACAUACACACACACACACACACACACACACACUCCUACACACACCCUUAAACUAGCUUUUUACAUUCAUCCGACAGUAAUAUCAUACUGUAUCCUUCGGCCACCGACACACACUCCUGUACACACACCUGUCAAAGAAUAAACAACUACACACACCUACGCACACUCAAGAUCUCAUCAUACCUCCUGACCCUUCAUCUCUCUCUCUCCACACACACACACACACACACACACACACUUAAGCUAGCUUUUAACGGUCAUCUGACUUUUACUAUCAUACUGUAUGCUUCGUCCACCAACACACACACAUGUUCACACACCUUUCAAAGUAUAAACACCUUCACACACACACACUUGUACACAGACCUGUACACACACCUGUCAGAGCAUAAACACCUCCACACACACAGACAAACUACACACACCUACGCACACUUAAGAGCUGUUCAUCAUACCACCUAACCCUUCAUCAGUCUGCACACACACACACACACACACUCACACACACUCUCUUCAGCUAGCCUUUCCUCAGUCGUCCCACUUUUAAUAUCAUACUGUAUCCUUCAUCCACUGACACACACCUGUCGAGGCGUAAACAAAGCACCACGAACACACACACACACACACACAACUACUCACACCUACACACACUCAAGCGCUGCUCAUCAUACCACCUGAACCUUCAUCAGCCCACACACACACACACACACUCCUACACACACUCUUAAGCUAGCUUUUUACAGUCGUCCGACUUUGAAUAUCAUACUGUAUCCUUCGUCCACCGACACACACCAACACACCUGUACACACACCUGUACACACACCUGUACACACACCUGUCCACACACCUGUCAAAGCAUAAACAAAGCACCAUAAACACACACACACACACAAACAACUACACACAUCUACGCACACUCGAGCGCUGCUCAUCAUAACACCUGAACCUUCAUCAGCCCACACACACACACACACACACUCCUACACACACUCUUAAGCUAGCUUUUUACAGUCGUCCGACUUUUAUCAUACUGUAUCCUUCGUCCACCGACACACACCAACACACCUGUACACACACCUUUCAAAACAUAAACACCUCCACACACACACACAAAGCUGUCCAAACGUUAUGAUUAUACUGAAAUCCACACAGUCACACACACACGCACACACAUUCAGACAUCGAACGUUCAUAUCUUCGUUCUGAUCCGUCAUGACUGCAGAUUCAGAAUAUAAGGUUCGGCAUUUAGCAUCAAUGACUGUAAUCAUGAGAAGUGUGUGUGUGUGUGUGUGUGUGUGUUGGGGCGUUAUAGUGGCGCGUCACAUGAGAUUCAAGUCUUGCGUGUUUGUUUUUCUGUUCUACUUAUAUAUUUCUCUCUUUUUCUUCUAAUCUGGUCGUAUCCA